CGAACAGGGUCGACCUGUUGGACACGUAAGGGUCAUUUUAGAAUUGGAGGACAUUUGGGCUUCAAAAUGUUUGAAAAAUAAACCUUCUCUUUUACACUUUUCUGCUCCAUAUUCAUCAAUAAUAGGUAAUAAACUAUCAAAGGCUUGAUUGGCUCAGCUUACACAUCAAUGGUAGCAUUUUUAUUCCAUGUUUUCUGUGUUGUUUGCUAACCCUACUCUAAUCACAGUAACAGGGUUGCUAAUCCAUGCUAAUGUGAUCUUUUUCUCAGCAGUAGAAGCUAGAUAUUUAGCUGCUGUUACUGCUGACCAAGAGGACAAACUGACUGAUGGAAAACAGUCCAAAGAAUUAGUCUGAUCCUGAUAAUAUGAGGUAGAGUGAGACAUUCAAUCAAGGCUGACAAUGGGAUGAAAAUAUGAAAAAUAGAAGAGAGGACAUAGCUUUGCUCUACCCAUUCUGUAGGAAAACUGUUUAGCGACAAAAACGAGACACAAAAUGACAAAAACGAGACACAAAACGACAAAAACGAGACACAAAACGACAAAAACGAGACACAAAACGACAAAAACAAGACACAAAAGGACAGAAAUGACACACAAAUGACAAAAAUGGAACACAAAAGGACAAAAACAUCAUCAGCAUGGUUGUUGUGGGACACGCGUUCCAUGUAUAAUAAUUGUCAUUUAAAAUAUUAUGUUGGUUAAAAAAUGUUCCCGCAAUUAAUGAGACAUCAAUGAAUAAAAUAAUACCAAAAAAGGAGAUUUAAGUUUAAUUUUAACAGUUUUAUUUGAGAUUCAGUUUGGUCAUCAGGGGGGUGGGACAGGAGAAAAAUUACCUUUUAAGGGGAACUCCAGACUGAUUUGGUAUUUUUAAAAUAUUUUCAAACAUUCUUUUCUCCUAGUUUUUUUUAGAUUUGGUCUCAGGACAAGAACAUUUACACAACUGCAUGUUUUAGUAUUUUGUACAUGGAUUACUUGAAAUUUGAUGUAAAAUGUCCUCCAGUUCUGGAACGACCCGUAAACACUCCAGCUGAGCGUUGUUUGUUUGUUUUUUCACUCUUUCUCGCAUGUUGUGAAACACGUCACUGCUUCCUGCUCGUCCCUCCAGUGGUCGAAUAAACCUGAGAAAUCACCGCUGACUAACUAACAGUCCUGCUUCCCUCCCUGCUUGGGGUGAAGGUGACUCUUACAAAGAACUAAAAGCAUCUGAAUGUUAUUUGUGAGUAUGUAGCUGACCAUCCAUCACUUGGAAGUUUGUUUAUUAAACUCCACCAGACUUCAUGUCUUCCACCCUCGCAAUCACGUUUUUGUUUUCUGAGUUCCACGCUGGGUGGGGGGGUGCAUUUCUCGUGACUUUACGUGGAAUUUCUCUUGUUUUCUUUACUAUCUGGGGGUCAACGUCCGCUGGGACCAAGGCCAAAGCGAUACGACGAGACAGCCAGCGUCACAAAAUACACAAACAUGAACCCACUUUGUUCACGGCCUUCAGUUUGUGGACCCUUAAGCGCUGCAUCUUCCUGUGUUUAUCCUUUCUCUCGUUUUUUUUUUUUUUGUUUUUUUUUUUUGGUGAUGUCUAAAGGCGUUUUCUAGGAAGACAAAAGUAUAAAUAAUCUUUCCUCUUCCCACCUCCUCCUCCUGAGAAUCCAUUUCCUAACAUGCUGCUGUUUGCAAUUUGUUCAGUCAUUCUGUAUGUCGCUAGAGCAGGGGUGUCAAACUGAUUUUAGAUCAGGGGCCACAUUCAGGACAAUUUGAUCUCAAACGACCAGUAAAAUUACAACAUAAUAACCGAUAAAUAACCACAACUCCACAUUUUUCCUUUGUUUUAGUGCAAAAAAACUGCAUUCUGAAAAAAUUCACAUUGAAGGAAUUAUCUUUUUCAAAAUAUUAUGAACAAACUGAAAUUUCUUGAAAAAAAUAAAUUCAAUUUCAACAACAUUAUGCCUCAGUUCGUCGUUUACAAGUUACAACUUCCAGAUCACAGAGUGUCUACAAAGGAACACAUGUAGUCACAGAUAUCUGGAACUGAACAGUAUAGUAUUUUACUUUAUGAUCAAAAUGACAAAAGUCAGACAAAAAAAAGACAAAAAACUGCAAAAACAGGACAAAAUACUACAAAACUGAGACACAAAACGACAAAAGCCAGAAACAAAAUGACAAAAAUGAGACAAUAUAUAAUAAAACAAAAAAGACAAAAAAAUGACACAAAAAAGUUACAAAGCGACAAAAAAUGGACAAAGAAGAGACAAGAAAUUAUACAAAUGACACAAACGAGACAAAAAUGCCAAAAAAGAAACAAAGCCACAGAAAAGUAGACAGAUAGCACAAGCCGGACAAAAAAACACAAAACAACACACAAAACAACGAAUAAAGCAAAACACAAAAUGACAAAAAUAAGACAAAAAACACAAAAAGGAAACAAAAAACAAAAACAAGACAAAUGACAAGUCAGACCAAAAAACAGACAAAAAGCAACAAAAACAAGGCAAAAUGUUACAAAAAUGAGACAAAACAACAAAAGCGAGAAACAAAACAUUAAAACUACAAAAAAUGAGACAAACGACACGAAAUAAACCAAAAUGAGACAAAAGAAGUUAGCAAGCGACCAAAAAUGGACAAGACAAAAAAAUACAAAAAUGUGAAAAAAUACGACAAAAACCGAUACGCAAAACAAGGAAUAAAGCAAAACACAAAAUGACAACAAUAAGACAAAAAACACAAGCGAGACAAAAAGCAAUCACAAAACGACAAAAACGAGAAACAAAAUGACAAAAACGUGAGACAAGCGACAAAAAAAAAGACAAAAAAACAAGACAAUUAUUCCAAAAACGAGCCACAAAACGACCAAAGAACAAUGAACAAUCUAGUAUUUUAUUUUAUGAUCAAAACAACUUGUCAUGGUCUAGAAAUUAUUUUAAAUUUACAGUUUUACAAAUUUGUAAUUUCCUGUUAAUGUUUUCUCUGUAAUUUUUACUCUUUACAAAGUCGGGCCGGAUUGGACCCUCUGGAGGGCCGGUUUCGGCCCACGGGCCGCAUGUUUAACACCCCUGCACUAGAAACUGUCGCCAAACUGCUCCCAGUCGUUUCUUGUCUCUGUAAUUAAGCAGACUGGUUGGUAAGUCAGCUGUGGCGAAGUGUCGGUCAUCUCUUCCUCUUAGCUUCUUUGCAUUCCUGUGGAUCAGAACAUCUUUUAUCUUUCCUUCUCUUAAACACAUUAAGUCACAGUGGAACUCUUUCUACAUGCAGCAGACAUCAUGAGCCGUGUCAUUAGCGCUAAUAUGGCGGUCGGAAAAGCAGUCGGAUCCAGAACUCCCCGGCGGUCAGCAUACUUCUGUGAUAAUCAAACCGAGCCUGAGUUUCCAUUGUGGAACAGAAAUCCCAUUCCUGGGUCUGACGCCGUGGUCGGAGCUUUUUGGAGACAUCAGCUGUUUGUGCAACAGCAGAACAAGACGGAAAGUUGGAAGGCAGAAGGACCGAGUGGCAGGGGGAUGUUUUCACUUCCUUCAUGAAGUUAUUUCUGCCCGAGGAUUUGAUCGGUUCACACCUCAACCGGCUGCCGUUUGCACUUUAAUGCCCGACAUUUAGCUGCCUGAAGCCUUUUUAACGAGGAAAUAAAUGACAAUAGCUGUUGUUUUAAAAGCCGCCGUCAAUAUUUGCAUGCAGAUAGCUCCUGUCAGGUCAUAAAGAUAGAGGCUAACGUUCACAUUUACAUACUGAUCUCUGUGUGGAUCGACGACGGUUAACCUCUGUUUGGGUUGUCCAUCUCUAACAGACACAAAAUGACAGGAACUAGACACUAAAUGACAAAUACAAGACACAAAACGACAAAAAUGAGACAGAAAAUGACAAAAACUAGGCACAAAAUGACAGAAACAAGACACUAAACGGCAAAUACAAGACGCAAAGCGACAAAAAUGAGACAGAAAAUGACAAAAACGAGACACACAAUGACAGAAAUGAGACAAAACAACAAAAACGAGACACAAAAUGAAAAAACAAAACAAAACACAAAAUGAUGAAAACUAGACACAGAACGACAAGACACAAAAGACAAAAACGUCAUGAAACGUCUAACAGUUUUGGUGCCUAAUGGGUCCCGUUAGGUAAAAAGAGGCUGAAUAAUGAGUGACUCCUGCUGCUGUUUCAAAGAUCUCCUCCUCCUUUGUGUUUCUGGGAUUGGUCCACUGCAGUAAUCACAUUUUAAAUGUGUGUCACCAGCAGGGAUGGAGCCUUUAAAUCACAUUCUGUUUUAGAAACAGCAUAAAGGAGCCAGGACAGUGUUUGUACAGGCUUCAAACCAGCACAGAUUAGAUCAGAACUUUUUCCCAAGGUAUUUCCUUGUGCCUAAAACACAAAGUCCAGCCAAAAGUUGGCUGUUCUUAAAGAAAUUGGUCUUUUUUUGUGCUUUUGGGACAUGAAAAGGCUCUAAAUCUGGACCAAAGGAUGUGUUUUUCCCACUAGAGGCCCCUGUGAGGGUAAUGACAAGGCCAUAGCAUACUAAACCUGAGGUGGCUGAGGUUUCUGAGAGCAGACGUUUGUCUUCACUGGUUAUGAGAAAGUCUUUUCUUUAGGAUGAAUACCAUUUCUAUAAUUACCUAUAGCUCUAACUGGAGCUGUAGUGUGUGAGUGGUGAUGCUAAAGAGGUGCUUCUAAUGCUAAAACAAAAAUUAGAAACAAAAUGACAAAAAUGAGACAAAAAAAUUGACAAAUGAGAAAAAAAAUACAAAAGUGUGAAACAAAAUGACAAAAACACGAGACAAAUGACAAAAGUCAGACCAAAAACAAGAUAAAAAUCAACAAAAAGAAGACAAAAUAUGACAAAAAUGAGACACAAAAUGACAAAAGAACAAUGACCAAUCUAGUAUUUUCUGAUCAAAACAACUUGUCAUGAUCUAGAAAUUAUUUAGAAUUUAUAAUUUUACUAAUUUACAAUCUGCAGUUAAUGUCUUCUCUGGAAUUUUUACACUUCAGAAAGUCGGGCCUGAUUGGACCCUCUGGUGGGCCGGCUUUGGGCCGCGGGCCGCAUGUUUGAAGCCCCUGGUCUACAGUGUGUGUUAUGACGUCAGGUUUUUACAGUGACUGAGUCUGCUGCCUUUGUUUUGGUCAUUUCUGACAUCAUGAGAACGGUUCGAACUCGUUGAAGGUCAAGAAUCUUCAGACAGAUGUAGCCGUGUGUUUGUGUAACGACGUCAUCAUCGUCAUGAGUUUCAGUCUUCCUCUGGCUGAAAGCAAACAAAACAACUCCUCUUUUCUUCCUCUGUUUGUUAAAUGUCGCUCUAACUCCUCAUCGUGCUCAAUAAAAGUCUUUUGGCUCCCUGAGGGCUCAUUGAAGAGGCUUCUGGCCGCCUGAUGUUUGUGAAUCACUGCUUUCUGUGAUGUGUUUUAAUUUAAGCCGGACUAUUUUAAACUCUGCUUCGGUUCGUCACAUGGUUGAGAUGAAAGCAAAGUGUGUGUUUGUGUGUGUGUGUGUCUGUGUUUGAGCACGUCUGUGGGUUCUGCAGCACCUGAAAGCCAACGUGUCCAAGUGUAAGCCGUCACGGUGGGUUUUCCUCUCUGGUCUGACGUUCGGGGAUGAGAGCGAGGAGAGAGGAGGCAGGAUCAGAGGGGAGAUGUGGGGAAAAACAGAGUCACAUGUUGAGGGAGGCAGGAAAGGAAGGCGGCUAUAAAAAGACUAAUUAAAAAUGUGUGGAUAGAUAUGUUGCAGGAGGAGGCAGAGAAACUAACCGGGUGUGAUGUAACCUCGGAGUGUAGCGGUGAAAAAGAUGCAGAGGUGCGUGGGGGCGGCUGGCUGUUGUUUUUCUGAGGAAUUAAAGCUCGGAAGAAGGCGGAAAGCUUGCAAAACUGAAAGAAAUAACACAAAAGUAUGAGAGAAUUGAAACAGGAGAGAAAUAAACUUUCUGUGUGUCUUCGGUGUGUGUAAAUAUUAAAUUAACUGCUCUAAACCAGGGAUGUCAAACUCAUUUUAGCUCAGGUUCCACAUUCAGUCCAGUUUGAUCUCCAGUGACAAGUAAAAUCACAGCAUAAUAACCUGUAAAUGACCACAGCUCCUGAUGUUUGCUUCGUUUUAGUGCAAAAAAGUACAUUCUGAAAAUGUUGACAUUUAAGGAAUUAUCUUUUCACAAAACAUCAUGAACAACCUGGAAUUUAUUAUGAAAAAUAAGUUCAAUUUCAACAACGUUUUGCCUCCUUUUAUCAUUUCCACAUUACAACUUCCAGAUCACAGAGUGUCUACAAAGGAACACAACAUUUAGUCACAGGUAUUUUACUUUUUGAUCAAAAUAACACAAGUCAGGCAAAAAACAGCAAAAACAAUGUAAAAUAUUACACAAAUGAGACACAAAACCACAAAAAGUUAGACAAAUGACAUGAAACAAAACAAAAACAAGACAAGAAAUUACACAACUGAAAAAGAAAACAACAAUGAAGUAGACAAACAGCACAAGCAAGACAACAAAACCACAAAACGACACAAAACACAAAGCAAAACAGAAAAUGAGAAAAAUAAGACAAAAAACACAAGCAAGACAAAAAGGAAACACAGCGACAAAAGCAUGAGACAAACGACAAAAAAAGACAAAAAACAAGACAAAAUAUUACAAAAGCGAGACACAAAACAACAAAAAAAUUUGACCAGACAUGAAACAAAACAAAAGAGACAAAAAAAUUGACAAAAAAGUUACAAAAUGACAAAAAAAUGGACAAACAACAAAAACAAAUACAAAAAAAUUACACAAAGGAGACCAAAAAUGACAAAAGCGAGAAACAAAACGACAAAAAAGUAGAUAAACAGCACAAGUGAGACAAAAAAGGCAACAAAACUGAUACACAAAACAACAAAUGAAACAAAACACAAAAUGACAAAAAUAAGACAAAAACAAAAGCGAGAGAAAAAAACAAACAGAAAAUGACAAAAAUCAGAAACAAAAUGACAACAUGAGACAAAUGACCAAAGUCAGACCACAAAAAAAUAAAAAGACAAAAUAUUACAAAAAUGAGACACAAAACGACAAAAGCGAGAAACAAAAUGACAAAAAAUGAGACAUACGACACAAAACAAACAAAAAAAGACAAAAAAUUUACAAAGUGACAAAAAAUGGACAAAUGAGACAAAAAAUGACAAAAGUGUGAAACAAAAAGACAAAAGCGGUACACUAAACAAUGAAUAAACCAAUACACAAAAAACAGAAAUAUGACAAAACACACAAGCAAGACAGAAAGGAAACAUAAAACGACAAAAACGUGACAAAAACCAUGUCAGACCAAAAAAAUUACAAAAAACAAGACAAAAUAUUACAAAAAUGACACACAAAACAAGAAAAGCGAGAAACAAAACGUGAAACAAAACAGAGAAAAAAACAACAAAAAAGGAACAAAACUACAAAAAAUACACAAAAAAACACAAGCAAGACAAAAAGGAAGCAGAAAACGGCAACAACGAGAAAGAAAACGGCAAAUGUCAGACAAAAAAAGACAAAAUAAAGACAAAAUACUACAAAAAACAAAAAAACAAGACACAAAAUAACAAAAGAACAAUGAACAAUCGAGUAUUUUACUUUAUGAUCAAAACAACUUGUCAUGGUCUAGAAGUUAUUUUAAAUUUGUAGUUUUAUAAAUUUACAAUCUGUAGUUCAUGUCUUCUUCUUGGACCCUCCGGAGGUUCGCUUUUGGCCCGCAGGCCACAUGUUUGACACCCUAAAUGUUGAAAUAGUGAUUUAGACAGAGUUAGAUUAGAAAUAAUCCUCUGUUUCUCUACUUGUGCUGAGGACAAAGCGCUCCAGAGGAGGAACAGUUGUGCAGCUUUCUCUGGUCUUCAGUGUUUUCUUUGCACCCCGCUGAGCUUGAUGCAAGUCGAUGUAAAACAUUGCAUCUGUUUGGCCCGUUGAGCUCCUCUCCUUCCCCCCCGCCCCGCUCUCCCUUUCAAAGAAUUUUCAUUUGAAUGAAAGCCCUGCCUCGGUGUUUUGUUGUGCUCUAAAAGGGGGGAGGGGUCCAGUGGGUCAGAAUCCCUUAUUCCAGCUGCACCAAUCAGGAGCCAGCUUCACGCCUCUCGUCCCGCCCCCGGGCUCCCGGCCUGGCGUCCGAUUGGCCGGCUGGGAGGAGCCAGGCUCGGUAUUAAAGCCUGUCCCGUCUGCUUCACUUCAGUGUCGAAGAGUCCCGUCUGUCAGCCGGAGAAGUGUGUGUGUGUGUGUGAGAGAGUGUGUGUGUCUAUCGGUGUGUGUGGGUGCUUUUUUUGUCAACCAGCGGCGGACUGAAAACACACAGUGUGCGUUGGCCUCACCCGGACUUGUUUGUGAACUCUCUGCAGAACCGUGGAGCUUCCCGGCUGAGUUCCCGGCUUUAGAGUCGGAUCACAGCUGGACAGACGAGCUGAGGAGGAUCAGGACGCUGAUCUCAGAGCUGCGUUUGGGAUAAAGAGCCGCCAUCAGCUGUGCUCUCUGGCUGACCGGUGACCCCGAUCCACAGCCGGCUUCUGGGUCACCGCCGAGCUAGCAGAGGUGGUCUGGCCGGGCCUGAUGUGGAAUCUGACCCCGACCGACCCCGUCCCACCAGCAGCCUUUCACUGAGCCCGGCCUGGGAGAGAAGGGGGAGAUAAAAGAGGCGACGGACAAGAAAGGGGGAAGAAAGGGAGAGCAGCAGCACAGCAACCGCUCUUCCAGGAUGCCGGUGGAAACCCUGCGGCCGUCGGAUGGCCGCCUGGCCGGCGUCCCCUUCACCUCCGCCAUGCCCUUCAGGAUCCUCAACAAGGGGCCGGAUUACUUCCGCCGUCAGGCCGAACCCGGCGCCCGAAAGCUGAGCGCCGUGGAGCGUCUGGAGGCCGACAAGGCCAAGUACGUGAAGAGCCAGCAGGUGGCCCUCACCCGCCAGGCCCCCAUCAAACCCCCCAUCAUCCGGAAGCCCCUGGUGCCCCCGGGGAUGAUGCUCCAGUGCCAGAUCAGCGCCCCUCCAGCCAGGAAGGUCCCCCGCUGCCCCGCCGACCCGGAGAACGGUGGAGGCAGAGAGGGGCCCGGAGAGAGGCGGAGACCGGCUCUGAACCUGGAUAUUCUGAAUAAUUUAAUCAAUGAUGUAUGUGACGGACCGCUGCCCUGCUCCCAGUCCUCCUCCUCCACCUCCCCCUCCUCGUCUUCUCCAUCUUCGGGGGCGAAGAGCAUCGGCAGCAGCCUGUCGGCGGAGCAGGAGAGGACCAACCGGAUCCUCAACAACCUCAAACCGCUGAACCACGGCACCGCCACCUCUUCCUCCACCUCCUCCUGCACCUCGUCUCCGCUCAACAGCAACCUCCGGACCCCCGCAGCAGAACUCACCCGCCGUCCUCCCCCCGUCCCGGCCCGGGCCCCCCGCAUCGGCGUCCUUGCCCCCUACAGCUCCCCCAACUCGGUGACGGUGCGCCGGGUGGACGUCCGGCCUCAGGCGGAGAUCAGGAAGCCUCAGAGGGCUCAGCUGCUCCGGCCCAGACAGACUGCUCAGGGCCAGGUCGCCCACCCCCAGGUCCCCCCUCCGCCUCCCCCUCCACCCGCUCAGAACCAGCCCCCGGCCCACCCUCAGCUCAGCACCCAGUCCCAGACCUCCCCCCCGGCCUACCUGCCCCCCAGCCCCAUGCUGGUCCGAGCUGGAAUGAUCCCACCCGCCUCGCCCGCCUUCACCCGCAUCUCCAACGCCAGCUCCAAGGGCUCCGGCCGCAAGCACCCGUCCCUGCACCGCUCCAAGUCGGACCUGAGCGACCGCUAUUCCCGGGCCACCGCCGACCUGGAGCGCUUCUUCAACUACUGCGGGCUGGACCCGGAAGAGGUGGAGGGCAUGGGCGGCGUGGAGCGCUUCACCCGGGCCAACUCGGACAUCGUGUCCGUCUCCAAGCUCCGCAGCGUCAGCACGCCCAGCUCCGAGUGCGGCGACGAGGCCGACCGCAUGAGGGAGGACGGAGGGGACGAGGAGGACGAGGACGGGCCGGCCAGAGCCAACGAACGGGUUCCGUACGGCAUCUCGGUCAUCGAGAGGAACGCCCGAGUCAUCAAGUGGCUGUACGGCAUCCGCCAGGCGAAGGACACGAACAACGGCGUCUCUAACGUCUAGACUGACGAGGAUUGGGAGCCGGUCGGUGAUCCUCUGCUGCCUUACAGUUAUGGAUAAUCCAGUUUUCUUCUGUUUCCUGUGAGGACGGACUUUCUGUUUGGAGAGUUUUCUUUUAAAUGUGGACAAAAAACUCAGGACUGAUUCCCUGCCAGAGUGAACGGACGAUUCAUCGCCUUCUGCUUCAUCUGUGUGAUAAAAGCAAUAAUAGAGCGGUGUAAGUGAUGGUUCCUCGUGUAAAGGUACUGUGUGUGUGUGUGUGUGUGUGUGUGUGUGUGUGUGUGUGUGUGUGUGUGUGUGUGUGUGUGUGUGUGUGUGUGUGUGUGUGUGUGUGUUUGUGUGUGUGUGUGUGUGUGUGUCGUCAGCACAAAGCCAGACUGGAACUUCAAACUGCCAGAAAGCUGCACAGUGAAGCGACUGUUGAGCAAAUCCAGGAAGAAAACCACGUCGAUACUGUGAAACAUUCUCACCACAACAACAAAAAGAGUUUCCAUUCGUAUUUUUUAAAGAAAAAAACUGAAAAAAGAAAAACCCUUUUGGCUGUAAGACUGUUAUUACACAAGUUUGUGUCAGCAUGCGAGUUUUGUCUAUUAUUUCAAGGUUUGUCAUCUCAAAUCAAGCACACGUUUUACUCUCACACUCUUUCACCUCUCAGACGUACGUUCAGGUCGUUACAGUCGCUUGUGUUUGUGCGUCGGGCUGUAAUGUCAUCUAAUCAGUUUACUCCGUAUGUCUCUGCACAGAUGAGAGAGCAAGUCAUAUGCUGAAGGACGGAGCGGAUGGUUGAAGCAAGUGUGAAGUUGUUUAGCCUUCUAGAAAGACGGAGAAAUCCAAAAGAGUGGUGUAGAGGGCGACUGAAGAGAGAAUCUGUGGUGUAUAAAUAUGGCUGCGGCUCUGAAAGUGUCUCAGGAAGAUGGCAUACUGACAAAAAAAUGGACCAAUAUUUAUUUGGAGAAAUGUAACUUAACGUAUUUUUUAAUAUCGGACGAGUUUGUGUACAGAAUUUUGCUCUUAAGUGCAAUCUGAUGGUAUUUACUCUGAUUCCAGUGUAUGUAGGAUCACAUUUAAAACACACGUGCAGAUACAGGCACCGGACACAUGCUAGGGGUGAAUGCUGUAACCAUGGGAACGCCACGUGAGGCUGUUGUGUAUUUAUUUUAAUUCCUGUUUGUCAUAGCGGGAACAACAGUGUGAGUUCUCCCUCCCUCUGCACCUCCUUCCCCCCGUUUUUUAAAGGAAAUGUUUGGGUUCAGAGGGCCGGAGAACGACGGUCUGCUAUAAAAUGUGCUGUUGAAUCCAGCGCUGGAUGCCCAAAGAGUCUGGAAGUGAGCGAUCCAAAAUGCUUUACCGUGGUGUUUUCUGAACAGUCAAUAAAAGAAAUGUUCAAGUAUG